AAAACACAAAGAAGAGACCCGUACCCCUAAAUCUCUAUUUGUCAAGGUGAAAAAUAAAAGCUUUUUUAUGGCUUUUGGUUAUUAGAGGAAGUGACUGUCCAGAUUUUGGGUUUUCUUUUUAAAAGGAUUUAAUAGAGAAAAGAGUGGUAUCAAGGGAAACGAAAAUUGGCGAUGGAGGUAUGUCCAUGCUGUCUCUCUGAUACAAAAGAAUGUCCAAUCUACUAGCACUGUUUUUAUUGUAAGUGUGUUUUCCGUUAAGCUUUGGACUUUUUCAUUUUUUUAAAGUACGUGAAGAAAUCAGAAUUUGAGGACUUGACAAGUGUAGGGUGGCUGAGAUAUUUGAGAUUUCUCCGCUGGCGACUCUUUCAUUGUAGAGCGACACUGAGAAAGGGAAAUGGAGUGCAAUAAGGAUGAGGCCACUAGAGCUAGAGAGCUUGCUGAGAAGAAAUUCACUGCAAAGGAUAUUAACGGGGCAAAGAAAUUCGCUUUGAAAGCCCAGAAUUUGUAUCCUGGUCUUGAGGGUAUUCCCCACAUGAUAGCCACUCUCAAUGUUUAUAUUGCGGCGGAGAACAAAAUCAAUGGGGAAGCUGAUUGGUAUGGCAUACUCGAUGUGAAUCCACUAGCUGAUGAUGAAGCAGUGAGGAAACAAUAUAGGAAGCUGGCUCUAAUGCUGCACCCCGACAAAAACAAGUCUAUAGGAGCUGAAGGGGCGUUUAAACUUAUUUCUGAGGCUUGGAGUUUGUUGUCUGAUAAGGCUAGGAGAGUAGCAUAUGAUAAGAGGAGGGGUGGGAAAGUAACGCAAACGGUUCCAGCACCUUGUGGGAACUCGAAGGCUUCAAAAGCGACAAAUGGUUUUUACAAUGCCGCCAAAACAAGCACUUCAAGUGUGAAAACUUCCAAGAGUAGUAACCCUCAUGGGGGUCGGUCUUCAGCCCCUUCUGUCCGCUCGUCAAAUACUGCUGGUCAGUCGUCAAACCCUGCAUCUUUCCAUACGGCAAAACCAAAUACCUUCUGGACUAUCUGUCAUCGAUGCAAGAUGCAUUAUGAGUAUCUUAGAGUGUAUCUUAAUCAUAACCUUUUGUGCCCCAACUGCCAUGAGCCAUUUUUGGCUGUAGAAACCGCUCCCCCAACUACAUCUACCCCAACCCCUUGGACAUUCUCACAGCAGCGGCAGAAUUCAAAUAGUCAAGCAGGUAACAAAAGCUCAAGUAAUAUGGGAAGAAGCCAUUCCUCCUCUUAUAAUGCUGCGGGAUUCACCACUCACGAUUCAUAUAAUCAAAGCAACUUCCAAUGGGGUCCCUUCUCUAAGACCGGUGGUACUUCAACUGCAGCUCAAGCAGCAAGUGUGGUUCAACAGGCAUAUGAGAAAGUGAGGAGAGAGCGGGAGGAAGCACAGGCAGCAACCAAAAGGGAAGAGGCCAUGCGGAAAAAGCAUCAUGGCUCUAAAAGGGCAGGCAGUGCUUCAAGUGGAUAUACUAAUGCUGCAAAGAGAAGGAGAGGCAUGGAAGAUGGUAGUGCUGGCGCCCAUAGAACUAAUAUUACCAAUCAAAUGGGUGUAGGAAAUGGUGGUCCAGCUAAUCUAUCAGGAUCUAAUUUAGGCAGUUUAGAAACGGGGAUUAAUGGAACCAAUAAGUACAACAAUACAAGAGAUAUGUCCCAGGUAGAAACUCAAAGUAUGUUGAUAUAUAAGGCUAAGAGAGAAAUACAAAAGAAAUUGAAUGAAUGGAAUUCAUCACCGGCAGAUAAGACUAAAUCCAAAGAUGUUAGAGGCAAUGGAAAUGCAAAUGAGAAAGAGGACAAAUCUUUGGUAAACAAUGAUGCAUGGAAUCAGAAAAAGGCUGUUGGUUUAGAUGCAGAAACCUUGGAAGCAAUGUCCAUAAAUGUCCCGGAUCCAGAUUUUCAUGAUUUUGACAAGGAUCGAACCGAAAGAUCUUUUGAAAAUAACCAGGUAUGGGCUGCAUAUGAUGACGAUGAUGGGAUGCCUCGAUAUUAUGCCAUGAUCCAUAGUGUGAUUUCUCAAGAUCCAUUCAAGAUUAGGAUCAGCUGGCUUAAUUCAAAAACUAACAGUGAAUUCAGUCCACUUGACUGGGUAGGUUCUGGUUUCUCAAAAACAUGUGGGGAGUUUAGAAUAGGUAGGCAUGAGAUUAACAGCUCGCUGAAUUCUUUUUCACACAAAGUUAGGUGGACUAAGGGGAUGCGUGGAGCCAUUUGUAUAUAUCCAAGAAAGGGUGACGUUUGGGCUAUCUAUAGGAACUGGUCUCCUGACUGGAAUGAAUUAACAACCAAUGAUGUAAUACACAAGUAUGAUAUGGUAGAAGUACUUGAUGACUACAAUGAAGAACUAGGUGUCACAGUUAUUCCCCUUGUUAAGGUUGCUGGUUUCAAGACGGUCUUUCACCGUCAUCUCGAUCACAAAAAAAUCAGGAGGAUUCCUAGAGAUGAGACGUUUUGUUUCUCUCAUCAAGUUCCUUCAUACUUGCUUACUGGUCAAGAAGCUUUCAAUGCUCCAAAGGGUUGCCGGGAGCUAGACCCAGCUGCUACACCGGUGGAACUACUUCAGGUAAUUAUGGAUGUUAAGGAUGAAGAGAUUCUGGAAAAUGGUAAGACAAUUAAUGAAGAAAAUGUUGUGGAUGUCGAAAAAGCCAACGAUGAAGAGAUGGUUGACUGUGAAAAAGCAAAGAAAGAAGAGGACAGUGGUUCUAAACAAGGCUGAUUAAGUGAGUUUAAAAGUAGCUGGUUUGAUAUGAACAAGAUUAUAUGGACUGGCAGUAUAACUGGGUGGAAUGGAUGUAACAGAUUGGUCGUCGAAUGUUGUACUACAUGAGGCUUUUACCUUGCGAUGAUCUACAAGAUGAAAUUCAACGAGUAGCUGAACAAAGUUUUGGGGGCAUCCUGUUCAUCGUGAAAGCUCAUUUUGGUGCUAGUUCUGCUAAAUGGAACUUUUCCGGGUUUUGAAAGCAGCAAGCUACAGAUGCUCUUUUUCAUUCUUGUGACCCUUUUCUCUAUCACAGCUCUUCAACAUGCAGGUCGUUGGCACACCUACUGUUUCAAUUUUAGUGUUUUCCCUUUUUCCUCAGUUCUCUAUCCUUUAGCGUUUAACAGUUGAGAGUUCAUGGUUUUUUAUGCUUGGCUGUAGAGUUGUACCGUUAGCUGAGAUUAGAGAUUAAAUAACAGUGCAGAUUGUGUGUUGG